UUUCAAUCAUAUCAAUAUGGCUUGUUGUUGUUUCGAUCUUGAUGAUUGUUGAUGGCCAAAUAACUAAUUAUCUGGAUUAUAAAGGUGCAUAUAUUGGAAAACUUAAUUCCUAUGCUCAUCAAAUAUAUGGUGAACUUUAUGCUAUCGAUGAACGUACUAUAUUGAUUAAAGAUUUUUUCUAUGAUGGUCUUGCAUCUGAUGCAUAUUUCUGGGUCGGUGCCACUAUAUUACCAAGUAAUGUUGGUUUUAUCGUACCCGAUGAAACAGGUAGAACAAAUAAAUUACGACAAUAUAUUAAUCGUAGUAUAAGAAUACGAUUACCUGAUGAUAAAACAAUACAUACGAUACGUUGGUUUGCAAUAUGGGAUAUUCGUUCGCAGAAAAAUUUUGCUGAUCUUUUCAUACCGGAAGGAUUUCUACCACCAACACCGCAAACGAUAGCUGAAUUUUCACAACUUUCGAAUGGAAUCAAAUCCGAACCAAUAGUUAUUGUGGAUGCUAAAACCAUACGAAUACCAUCUUUUACAUAUGAUGGACAUCGUAAACAAGCCUAUUUCUGGGUAGGUCAAGGACCGCAACCAAAUUCAGCUGGUGAACGAAUACCGAAUGAACUUGGAUAUUUAGAGCCAUUAGGACCAUAUCGUGAUGAUUUAGUCAUUCUUGAAUUGCCCGGAAAUAUGACCAUAUUUGAUAUAAACUAUAUUUCUGUUUGGGAUCAAGAAUUGUCCGAAAAUCUAGGUUCGGUUAUUAUACCUGCCGAAUUGAAUAUACCACCAGCAUUAACAACAGUGAUCAAAGUUGAAUCUCGUUUACCGAAUUGUGAACAACUUCAUCAACGAUUACAAGUUAAUUGGGAAGUAUUCGGACCACAGAUUACAAUCGAAUUGAUUGGCCAACUGAAAAAAGAUGAUUAUAUGGCAUUCGGCAUUUCUGGAUCGGAUAAUUCAAGUCGUAUGAUUGGUUCAGAUAUUGCCAUCGCAUAUAUGGAAACGCAUCUUGGUUUUACACGUGAUUAUAACAUUACUGGUGCCUUUCCCUGUACAAAUGUAUUGGGUCAUUAUCAAGGUGUUUGUCCAGAUGAAAAAGUAGGCGGUGUAGAUAAUUAUCAAGUAAAUCUUUUCGAACGACAAGAUUCAUUAACACGAAUAACCUAUCGACGUAAUCUACAAAAUGUUGGCGAUGAAGGUGAUCGAACUCUUGAUAAAUCUAAAGCUACGUUUAUUGUAUGGGCUAUUGGAAAAUUAACACAAACAACUAUAAAACACCCAGGCUUUCAUCAUAUUUAUCCAAAACAUGAUAAAUCGAUUGUGUUUGGCCGAAAAUCUGAACGUAAUUGUUUUCAUUUUACAACACCACGAUCCGAUCUAUUUGAACAGCAGCAACAAUUAUCUAAUACUCCGAUUUCAACACAAACUUCAUCGUUGAUCACUAAACCAUGGGGUCCAUUACGAUUAUUAAAUCGUACUAUGACUACAUUCUAUGCACGAUUAGGCGAUUCUGGUGGUCUUCGUGGUUAUUAUGGUUCGACCGGUCAAGCAUCACCUAAUCUUGUAUGGUAUAUGAAUGGAAUGUUGGCACCGAUUCUUUAUGUAAAACGUGGCCGUACCUAUACAUUUCGAGUGGAAGGUGGAAACAAUCCACAACAGGCUGAACUAUAUAAUCCAUUGUACAUAACAAAUGAUCCACAUGGUGGUUAUACAGAAUUGACCGAAACCGAACGAAAACGAUUCAAUGUUUAUGCUGGUGUUGAAUUUGAUCGUCGCGGUAGACCUAGUCCUACAUCAGCAGGCCGAUUAUGUGUAUGGCGUAUACCGUCAUUAAACGAAACAUCGGAUGAAAAUGAUAAUAAUUUUUAUUUUGAUAAACGUCGUGCCGAUACAAAUCGUUUUGCAAAUUUUAUUCAAUAUCGUAAUCGUUUACAAUUCUAUUGUGAUUCAUCAACUAGUGCACAAAUUUUACAAUGGACACCGAAUGCAAGUGUACCAGAUAUUGUUUAUUAUCAAUCAUAUACACAUCGUAAUAUGGGCAAUCGUAUUAUUGUUGUCGAUGAUUUUUAUAGUUCAAAUAAUAAUUUUGUAUCUGCAUCAACUAUAAUGACAUCAUCAACUGUAUCAUUGAUAUUAAACAAUAACAUUAUCAUAUUAUUAUUAUUAAUCAAUUAUUAUUGUAUGUAAAUUGUAUAUUGAAAAAAAAACAUAAAU